UCUCCAAGGUGACUUCUCUUGGUCAGCUGGAAAUGACCUGGAGAAGCAGAGUUCACUUCCAUCCGCUUCUUGUGAGAGUCCUACACAAAUCUAGACUAAGGUACUAUGGGAAACCAGAGAAAAAACUGGAUAUGCCUUAUCAGGCUUACUUUGAAGUUGCUGAUGGUUCAGGCAUGAUGUCAAUGGUUUUGUGGAAUUCAUUGUGUCCUGAAUGGUAUAACAGCAUAAAGGUUGGCACGGUGCUUCUUCUUGAACAGUAUGCUAUCAAAACCAGUUACCCAUUUAAAACGCAGCCAACCCCAGGGGAUUCACAGAUGAAGAGAUUUUCUACAAUUGAAAUCAGCCUUAAUGUUCGAGACCCUCCUACUAAAAUAAGUAUUAUUCCGGAAGAAAUGGUUAAGCCGGAAUGGGGAUUACCUGAAGUUAAAUAUCGGUUUAUCACAAGGUCGGAACUGGAUGCCUUACCAAACAAUCAUUCCUGUGAUGUUAUUGGUCUUGUGACAUUUGUGGGAAGGGUUGAACGAACAAGAAAGAGAGAACAUAGUGAAGACUUCUGGCUCUAUCGUUGGGCACAUGCCAUUGAUGGGACGUCAGACCAGCCAUUCAUACUGGAAUUAUUUGCAACUUCUCAGCCAGAUGUGUUUGAACAUAUUCACCCAAUGACAUAUUUGGUGUGUACACAGAUGAGAGUGGUACGGGAUCUCACUGAGAAUCCUUCCAGCACAGUUUACCUUACAACUUCAAAUGAAAGUCAAAUAUUCAUUACAGGGUGGCACAAGGGGCAGCCAUACACCAAGGAUACCAAAGUGAAAAACUUCAUUCAGUGGACUAAAACACAAAGUGAAGCCGAUCAAAUGAAGAAAACUGUCAUUGGUGGCUAUUAUCCUUUUCCACGACCUCCAAAUAACUUUUUGAAAUAUUGUAAAAACAAUAAAGUUGAAUUGGUUUUGAAAGCCAUAGGUGAAAUGGGGAAAGAGAUUGAAGACUUGCACUACAGAGAGCACAAACGCAUUGCUGUUCAGGGAAUAAUUAGUGCCAUAAGAUACAUCAGCUGUAGCAAUGCAGUCGAAAAAGCCUCAGGAGUGGAAGUUCAGAAAGAUACUUCUGAGUCUCUUGAAAGUUCUGCUAUGUCUAAAGAAGACUCUGGUCACAAGGGGAAAAGCACCAACCUUCAAAAUAAAGAAGUUAAGUCUUUUGCAGAGCCGCAUUGCCCUCCUGGGGAAAAACACCAACGCCAAGCUCCAGUGUCAAAAAAGGGUUCAGUCAAGAGAAAGAUACCACACAGAUUAACUACAGAUGCAGAACAGGGAAGUGCACCUGUUAUUCCUGUAUCAUCUCAUCCCUAUUUCACACGCUCUGCAAGAAGAAAAUUAGGCUUGUAUGAAUUUCUACAUGAAGAUGUAGUGCAAGAUAAAAAUGGACAGGCUGUAUCAGGCAGUUCACAGUACUGCACAGACCGAGAAGGAAUGAGUGAUAUACCUGAAACUGAAGAGACUGGAAGAACUUGUGAUUCAUGGCAGAGUGACCUGUGGGCACAAGUGAAAGACAAGUUAAUGAAAUAUUUACAUCACGGCAGAAUUUUCCCAGAGAGUAUACCACGUAAAUUUGAUUAUGUGCACAAAGACUUACUUAUGCAACAGUACAACCUCCAUGCAGCAGUGCACCAGCCAAAAGAAACCAGAACAGAUAAAAAUAUCGAUGAGUUUAAAAGUGCUAGUGGCCGUGGGUAUUAUGAGGUGACAGUUCUGGGUAUAAACCAUGAUGUGGCAAUAGAUGUUGCAUUUCUUCCGCUUUUUUGUCCUGAAGAUCCCCACUUACUUCAGCUAGAAGACGUUGAAAAUGAUACAUUACUGUCCUGUAUGAGUUGCAUCUCUGCAUGUCAGCAGAAGACCACUAGCAAUGGAAGGCCUUGUGACAUGUUUCCACUUUCAGAUGAAAUUGUAAAAGCAGCGAUGGAUCUAGAUGGCAAACACGUUGUCUGCAUCUUGGACAUCUGUCACUUGGGUGAGGAUAAGGUGGAAGUCUUUCUGAGCAAAAUCUACAAGACCGUGGAACCCAGUGUGCUGGAUCCAGUGUGA